UGUUCUGCUGAGGCUGUGAACGGUACCGGAGGGUGAUGGCUUACUUUUUCCCCGAGUUAUCCUAUCUAAAACACUUUUUCAAGUGUUCCCUGUAGUGCUCUAAGAUUUUUUUUCUCCACGCCCAUUCCCUCCUCUGCCCUCCUCAUCUCCUCAGCUACCGGUGCGUUAGAGAUGUUGGGAAGCCAGAGUUUUUAAAUUACCUUACAAGACAGGAAAAGGACCGAUAUUACAGAAAUUAAAACGAGGAGAGAACACAGAAUAUUUGCCCGUUCAUAGGAGAUUCUUAAGGUUUGGGCAUGGUUACAGUACUAUUUUGUCCGGGAAAAAAGGCUGCAGUGCUACUAGAAGCAGCUGUUUUCCAAACUAAUGAAGGGGCUGUGAGACCAAGAUCAAUUCAAGAACAAUUACUUAUAUUUGGCCAUGAGAUAGAACAGUACACCCUUUCACAUUUUUUCCUCCCCAAAUUGGAACAGCCUGAGCUCUGCUGGGGAGAACUUAUGAAGUUGUUAAUAGUAAAAUAAUAGCAUGGGUUGUCAGUGGUCAUAUGAUUCUUUCCCAGGCACCACACUUCAGAUGGAGCAGCAUUCUAGUCAUCCUACUAACAGAAGAGCCGAAGAGGAAGGUAAUGCUGUGCCUCUUUGUCGAGCCAAACCCACCCCCAGCUUUAUUAACCUUCAAGCAAGUUCCCCACCAGCCACUUGCCUGAAAAUCCCGGCAACAAAGCUGUCCUCAGGAAUUGACCACAAGCCCAAGGAAUGCCUAGGACUCCUAGAAUUGGGGUUUUCCAGAGGCUACAUGGAUGUGAUAUCACAACAGAUUGGAUACAGGCCCCUGAUCAACCAAGCCAUUCACCACUACCGUCCAGAACUCCAUGUAUACUCGACCUCAGGCCACUUCUGCCAUACAAAGUAAACGACUGAUUAGGUGUGAUGCUCAAGGCUCUGGUCCGGGAAGGAUCUCCCUCCAUGGUGUCCUUUAGGGCCACCCCUGAGUAAGGCUGUGAUACAGCAGCAGCCCAUUUACAGCUAACCCCAGUGUAUCAUGUUGACCCAUCUCUGGACAAGACUGGGUUUUUGUUUUUAACUUUGAUUUACAGAGAAUUUAGAACAUACACAUAAGUAAAUAGAAUAGUAUAUGAACUCCCAUCUAUCCCUAACUCAGGCUUAACCAUGGCCAUUUCUGUCCCAUUCAUCUCCCCUCUCAUGAUAUUUUAAACAAGUUGCACACACUACAUAAUUUCACUGUAAAUAUUUUAGUAUGUAUCACUAAAAGAUAAAUGCUUUUGAAAAAUGACAUUAUUAUUACACUUGAAAAUAGCAAUAAUACCUUAAUAUCAAAUAUAUAGGAAGUGUUCAAAAUCAGACCUGAGUUUUUGUUCCUCUGGCAGUUGGUCUUGGAAAGUUUCCCAUGAGGCCAUAGAUAUAAGUUGAGGGAAAAGCACUGGAGCAAAGGACAUAGACAGUCUGGACCACCAGUUGAUGUAAUUAGCAUGGGUCUUUUGGAUCUGCUCAGGCCUAAUCCCAAAUAUGCCAUUUUCCCAUUGUACAAUGGAUUGCUGCUGUGCCCCCCCAAUCUUAUGACUCAGUGGAUCUGAUAAUACCCAGUCAAGAUGAGUAGCUCUGGAUGAAUAGUCACUCGAUGUCCCAUAGUCAGUGCUGGGUCUGUGCUCAAGCCCUAUAGCCCAUUUUUCAAAUGAUAACAUUCUCUUUCACAGUAGGCAGAGUUUGGCUCCAGAACCCUGAGUCUGUGUUACAGCCCUCCUAUUGGGGCUUUUUAGAGACUCUCUACAACGUUCUAAUCCACUGUAGAGGCCUUUGGAUUCAUUGUGUUUUUUGUGUGUCAUGUGGCUUUAGUGGCAGGACAGCUUCAAUCAUAGCCUGGACAUGCCAUAGAGCUCUCUCUUGCUUUGAACCCCACUCAAAACUGAUAGCCCUUCAGGUCACCUAAUAAAUGGUUUGGAGCAAUAUUCCCAUGUGUGGGAUAUGUUGCCUCCAAAAUCUAAAGAGUUCUGCCAGUUACCAUUCUUCUUAGUGGCAGGGGACACAAAAUGCAACUCUUUGUCCUUCACUUUAGGGGAGAUGUUCUGGCAUACCUCAGAUUAUUGGAUCCCUAAAAAUUUCUUCAAUGUUGCAGUGUUGGAGGACAGAGGGAAUGAAAAGCACCCACCAAACUGAGAAGGCAUCUUGAGAUGGAAAAACGAGGCAGCUCCGUAUAAUCAGUGGAUCAGUGGGUGGGAUUGGGAUCGAGCUGCUUUCCAUACCACAGAGGGGCCAUUGGGAUAAUUUUAUAGUUAACCUAGGGUAUGGGGGUAUGUGCUUGGAAACACAUUGUGAAUGGGUAACUAGUCUUGUGGGCACUGGGAAUAUGUCAGGGAAGGUUUUUCAUCAUUGUUUGGGGACUAACAGAGCAUAGAGGCUACCUAGUCCGAAUGAUUAUUAGGAAAUAUCUAUUAACUACAAAGCCCUUGAUGACAGAGAAGUGAUUCACUGCACACUACAGUCCUGGGUAGGGUCAGCGAAAGGUCAGGAGAAACUCUAAGUGCCCAAGAUGGCGUCAGUCACACUAACAGCCAUACAGUCAGGAGCCUGAACCUUCUAGUCUUAAACUACUUACCACUUCAUGAUCAUCAAGUCCAAUUAGUAAAUCAUCAAUAUAGUGGACAGGCAUAUGUUGGGCAGUGCGUCAAGACAAUGGAUUUCCCUUCAGACUCUAUUGGUUAGAGAACAGGAGAGUUAGCAUGAUCUUAUGGCGAGACAGUGAUUGUGUACUGCUGUCCUCAUAUAAAGGCAAAUUGCUUUAAACCAUCCUUACCAAGGAGGAUAGAGAACACACUUGCCAGACCAAUAGUCACAUCUCAAUGCUACAAGCUGGCCAGUAAAUAUACCACAUUCAGUAUGGCAGCUAUGAUUGGGGCUACCAUGUGGUUAAAUUUAUAUAACCCAUUAUCAUCCACUCUGUUUGGCUUCUGCAGGAGCCAGACAGAUGAAUUGAAUAGUAUAUGAACCCUUAUGUAUCCACCACUUUAUCCCAACAAAACUACCAUCCCUGUAUCCUUUAAGUAUUUGAUGGUGGUGCUGAUCGCUGCAAGGGGAGAGGGUAGCUUCUGCUGACCUGGAGUGUUCAGAUGAAGCUGGAGGUUCAGAAUUCUCAGGUUCAUGCGCACAGAUGUCUCAUUCCAGGUCUUUGAGUCUUACUCUUUUCCUAUCAGGGUCCUGACUUUGAUAUAGGAGACCUGUUGGUGCUGUGCAUUCAGUCUCCUUUGCUGUUCUGCUACCCUCAGUUAGAUCCCGUAUCUGAUUUUCUCACUGUCUGCCCUGCAACUUAGAUGAGAGUCUCCUUAGACAUUGCCAAAGAGGCUCUCUGACUUUCGUGGUAUGCCUUGAGUUGUUAGUUAGUUGACCUGAGCCUAUAAUUUUCUUUUUUCUGAAGGCUUCCAAAGCAGUUAAAAGCCAGCCAAUCCUUAUAAAUUACCGUUGCCCCCAUGCCAUUAAAGGGUCAUAGCUAUCACAAAUGCCAACACUUCACCUUUUACCACAUCCCAGUCCACCACGGGUGAGAGUCUUAGUUAUUUGAUGCUGUCAUACACCAGGAAUUACCAGCAGUGGAAUCCUUUUUGCCAUCUGACUAAAAAGUGAUCCAGCUCCAAAAUCCCAUCCUGAUAGUCUUCAUUCUAGUCUGGAACCAGUUGUUUUAGCCAGUUUCUCCCCAAGCAAAGCCUGAAUCAAGUGUUUUUCAUGCACGUAG